AUGUGGGAUGUUACUCAACAAAAAGAAAUUCCCUAUAAAUAUAGAAUAGACUGCUUAAUAAAUACAACAGACUAUUCUAAAUCAAUAUUUUUACAAUAAGAAUUAACUUAAUAUACUUAAUUUAUUAUUAACUAUCAGUUUCCUGACUAAUUAAUGAUUUGGACUUGGGCUUAAUAAAAUACAACAAUAAGCUGGCUAUCUAUAAUAAGGAUCAAUGAUACCAGUUCAUCAGAAUCUGUUCAUAUGGUAUUUUAGAAUAAGAUAAUCGAAAAUUUGUAUUGGUAAAGCUAUGGGAACUUCUCAAACUAUACAUAUGUUCUUUUUAAGAAUGAUUAUAAUAUAGGAGUAUUUGAUUUAUCUUAAGGAUAAUUAUUUGAAAAAUUAACUGAAUAGGUUUAAAUAGCGACUUUAAUAAAACCAUGUUUAUGCAAUUCUUAGAUAGUAGAAUCACUAUUAGAUUGCUUUGGUAACUUAACACUGACUAUCAUGAUAUAGUUUAGUUAGCUUUAGUUGGCAUAUAUUAGACCUUGGAAAUUUAAAUUAUAUUGA